CCAGCUUCAGUACCCCACCACCAUUAUCACUUCCCCUCAAGCUCUUUUAUUCCAUCAACCCAAACCCCAAACCCAGGCACGCCCCCACAUUCCCCUUCCCCUUCAUCAAUGUCCCUAAAUCCCCCCCUUUUCUUCCUCUUUUUCACCCUUAUUUUCCCUGUUUCCUUCACCAUUUCCAACCCAAACACUCCAAGCAUCCAACCCCUUCCUUUAUCAUCAUCAUCAUCAUCGCCGCCGGCAACGAUCCCUGCGUUUCCGGAACAAUCCAAUGUCGUCGGUUGUCCGCUGGACUUACCGGAGGAACUGUUCCACAGCAUAAAAAACGCUUGCGGCACCAAGAAAAACGAUGGGGUCACGGGGCAGCUCCACCGCAGCCGCUGCUGCCCUGUGCUCGCGGCUUGGCUUUACGCCGCUUACUCCUCCACCGCACUCGGCAGGGCGGAGAGAGUAGCACCGGCGGCGGUAUUGGGGCGUACUCCGUCGUAUGACAUGCCGUUGCUGCCGGAUGACUCGGGGACGUGCGUGGACGAUUUAGGGAAAGCUCUGAAACAGAGGGGGGUUGAGUUGGUUAAACCGAACGAGACGUGCGAUGCGGUGUACUGCUACUGUGGCAUCAGGCUUCACCCGUUCACCUGCCCCGAUGCUUUCUCGGUUGACCAAAAGGGUCACCUCGUUGGGGAUUACAAUGUGGAGAGAUUGGAAAGAAAUUGCAUAAGUAGCAGCAGCAAUGUUAAUGGAUUUCCUGGUCUUGGAGGAUGCAACAAGUGCUUGAAAACUCUCCAUUUGCUCAACAAGAAGACUACUUUGAAUUCAAGCAAGGCAGAGGAGAGGACCACCAAAAUGCGCAAUAAAGAUUGCCAGCUGAUGGGUCUCACGUGGCUCCUCGCAAAGAACCGAACUGCAUACAUCCGAACGGUUUCCGCCGUUCUCCGAGCGCUGAUGAUUAGCAAAGACGGUUCAAGCCCUUCUUCCUGCACUCUGAACAGCGACGGCAUGCCGCUUCCGGUCGAUUCUUCCGAAAUAUUCGAACAAUCCUCGUCGGUUACCCUCAACCUAUCCCGUCGUCUGGCCGUUUUAUCGCUUUGCUUUUUGCUUAUCUACCUUCUUGCAUUGUCACACACGUCUAGCUGAAGCAUUUGUAUGGCUUCCUGUUGUUGAUGUAAAAUUGUGUACUUGAGUUAGAUCUGUGAAAUUGAUGGGAUUUUCCAGUGA